CUCUGUGAGCACGUUUGGCAUAAGAUGUCACGUGUGCCUCCUCCUACUCCUUUGGUACAUUCUCAUCUGCGUGAGGUCGGGAUAGAUGUGAAUCUGGCAUUCCAAGGCUGGAGCUGUGUAUUUUAUCAGCGAUUGGCAGUUAGCUGAUACCGCCACACAGUAAAGUUUCUGAUCAGACUUUCCAUUUCCUCUCAGAGAUCCCCAUCUUCUAGUUUUCACCAUGCUGCGGCUGAGAUCGACGGUCUGUCAGUCUUGGAGGGGGUUUAAGACCUUCCCCUGUGCUGCUGUGGAGGUACAGAAUGAGCCCAUCCUGGGCUUCGAGGCAGGCUCCAAGGAAAGGGCUGAACUGGAGAAGGCCCUCGCAGACCUAAAGGGGAAGACCGAGGAGAUCCCAUGUGUGGUUGGAGACGAACAUGUGUGGACCAGCGACAUCAGAUACCAGCUCUCUCCCUUCAACCAUUCGCACAAAGUGGCCAAGUUCUGCUAUGCUGAUAAGAACCUGUUGAACAAAGCCAUCCUGGCGUCGGUGGCGGCUCGUAGAGACUGGGACCUAAAGCCAGUGGCAGACCGCGCACAGAUCCUCUUCAAGGCGGCCGACGUCAUCGGUGGACCCAAGAGGGCGGAGGUGCUGGCCAAGACCAUGAUCGGCCAGGGUAAAACUGUGGUUCAAGCGGAGAUUGAUGCUGCAGCAGAACUUAUUGACUUCUUCCGCUUCAACGCCAAGCAUGCCAUUGAGCUGCAGUACCAGCAGCCCCUGAACACAGACAUCAGCACCAACACCAUGCUGUACCGUGGCCUGGAGGGGUUUGUUGCUGCUGUUGCCCCCUUCAACUUCACUGCGAUUGGUGGAAACCUGGCAGGAACUCCUGCCCUCAUGGGUAACGUGGUGCUAUGGAAACCCAGUGACACCGCAAUGUCAGCCAGCUAUGCCGUGUACAAGAUCAUGCGGGACUGCGGACUGCCGCCCAACAUUGUCCAGUUCGUGCCCGCUGACGGACCUGUGUUUGGAGACACCAUCACGGCUUCUGAGCACCUGGCUGGCAUCAACUUCACCGGCAGCGUCCCGACCUUCAAGCGCUUGUGGAAACAGGUGGCCCAGAAUCUGGACAUCUACAGGAACUUUCCUCGAGUGGGAGGAGAGUGUGGAGGUAAGAACUUCCACUUUGUGCACACGAGUGCUGAUGCACACAGCGUAGCCCUGGGUACGAUCCGCUCUGCGUUCGAGUACGGAGGGCAGAAGUGCUCGGCCUGCUCCAGGAUGUACGUGCCGGACAGCCUCUGGCCUCAGAUCAAGAAGGUGAUGCUGGACAUCCACAAGCAGAUGAAAGUGGGAGACCCAGUUGAGGACUUUGGGACUUUCUUCUCUGCUGUCAUUGAUGAUAAGUCAUUUGGGCGCAUUAAAAAGUGGCUUGAUCAUGCUAAGACCUCCCCCAACCUGACCGUGAUUGCUGGAGGAAAAUGUGACGACAGCAAAGGUUACUUUGUGGAACCCACCAUUGUUGAGUCCAAGGACCCACACGAUGCCAUUAUGAGUGAGGAGAUCUUCGGGCCGGUUCUCUCUGUUUAUGUUUACCCUGAUAAGGACUACAAACAGGUGCUUCACUUGAUUGACAGCACAUCACCGUAUGCACUGACUGGAGCUGUUUUUGCCAAAGACAAGAGCGUUGUAGAAGAGGCGGGAAAGGUGCUGAGAAAUGCAGCAGGAAAUUACUACGUCAACGAUAAAUCUACCGGCUCCGUCGUAGGCCAGCAGCCAUUUGGUGGCGCUAGAGCAUCAGGUACCAAUGACAAGCCAGGUGGACCACACUACGUCUUGCGGUGGACCUCUCCCCAGGUUGUCAAGGAGACGCACGCCCCACUCUCGGAAUGGAAGUACCCCUACAUGGGCUGAAAUGGACCUGCCGCAAACCCCGGUCAGCCCUGAAAUGGACCCGCCGCAAACCCCCGCCAGCCUCUAUCACUCUCCAUCGAUCAUGAACCGUUACCCACAAUUCCCUUCUCUUUCUCCCUCCAAUCAAGACUCAAUAACAAAUCCCCAGUUGAAUCCAUUUUUGUCCCCAAUGACCUCUUAAACCAGGAAGUCUGGAAGCACCUGUCCGGCUGUCUUAAACCAGAGGGCAGAAGCUGAAGCGGUCGCUCCCUGCCAUGGCGAAUCAAAGCUCUGACCACUCUGAGACUCUUCUGAGAUGACAGAAGAGCUCAGCUGCCCAAUAGCUAAAGGGCUUCAGGCCUGCUGCUGUGCUCAAGACAACUCCCGGCAGAUGUCAUCAUCUGGGAGACCCUCAGCUGUAGUAUGCUGUGGGUGCUCCAGAAACAGGCUGAACCAGGUCCGUUUCUUUUGAGAUGCACUGAUAUUGUUGAUCUGCUGCUGUGCUCCUGCAUCUGGUUGUGUUAGAAGGGAUAGAAAAUGUAAGUGUGACCUUGACUUAAAGGUGCAGUUUGUAACGUUUUGUUGUCAAAAAAUAUAAAUGCCUCUAGACUAGAUGGUUGUGUAAUUCUGAAGGAGAGACAGAGUCAGAGAAUAAUAUUCCCUUAUAUUUUUGUAUUCUUUUCACUUAAUGGGUACAGUUAGUGUAUAUACUUAUUAUGUAAUUGUCCUUCAUUCAUCACCUUCUACAGUCAUCAUUUUUUUUACAACAAAAUUGCCAACUGCACCUUUAAGUUUCUGCCAUGGUAAAAGGAAGAAGGGAUGACAUGAUUUUAUAGGUUUUAAAUUACCAGUAAUAUUUUAUUGUGUUCUGCUUCAAGCAUAUGUACCCCACACUUUCACAUUUUUGGUGUGGUUUUAAACUAAUAACAUGCUAAAUUAAUACAUACAUUCUCUUAGUUUUGGUGCUCAAAACAUGGAAAAAGUAGUUGCAUACAUGUAAUACAGUAAGAAUCUGUAAUAUCGGUUAGAAAAUGUAAAAAAAAAAAGUCCUAAAUAUGUCCUACAGAUUUUUCCCCCCUGGAUCUUAAAGCAAUUUGUCCAUAAAAUGGACCUCGCUCUGAUGUGGUGCUUUGGCGAUGUCUAUCAUGACCCUUAUCCCUUAGUUCGUGCAGUCUGAUGUAUCUGUUUCAUCUGAGUACGGAUCUUCUGUUACAGCAGCCCAAUGCUGAUGGUGUUUCGCUCUGACUCACUUCACACUGGUUUCCUGCAUAUCAGUCAGUCUCCAUGAACUGCAUGCCUGAGGUUUGCAACUGUGAAUUAAUACGCUAAUGGGUGAUUUACUUUUCUAAACUUGCAAAUCAUUUCUUAAAUUAUGUUAACAUAAUCUGCUACUCGAAAUAUGAAAUUCAUGUAAUAAUGUCAGUAAUUUUUACUAAGUUUAGAAAUUAACAAUUGAUGUUUCUGUUUUUCUCCUCCAAGUAAUUUGGGAAAAUAGUGCCUAUUUUGAAAUUGUCUAUGGACUUUGGAUCAUGUUGUAUGUGUGAAAUAUUUGACAGAAAAUACCUGAAUGUAUGUGAAUAAAAUUGUGAAUUGAAUUUAAA